CCAUCGUAAAAGCACUUGGUUGACGGUGGUCACACAGAACAGUGGCCUGUGCAGGAGCGGAAACUAGCCUUAACCAUAAGCAAUGAUAACUCGUUGGUGUGAUGUCAUUAUUAUUCAACAGGGCUACUUACCCUCGAGCUUAAUUCAAGGAAAGAAGAUGUUGCAAGAUGAUUAAAGAAUACGAAUUACGAGGAUGCAAAUUCCGUGACGUUUCUAAAGUUUUGAGGCGAAAAUCCUCCUCCACAACAUUCAUCAUCGUGCAGGUUUUGGAGAAGUAACGUUUCUGCGUCUCUUAACACUUCUCAAUAAUGUUUUAGAGUCUUUUCGUUUCCUGUUCUGGCAUUCUCUGUCUGGCAGACAGGCCGCCCAAAGACUGACAGACACGCUGGCAUAAUUGGCUGCAAUAUCAUACCCCCACUUGAAUGGGCCGAUUGGCUACCCUGUCAGCGGGUAGUGGUUGGUCGCGCGCACCUAGUACAAAACAGACAGUAGCACUUGUUCGCGGCAGUUGAUGUUUUGUUAAAGCAGCGGUGUUCAUCCAGUAAUCAUGAUGUACCACCCUGGUGUAUAUAGCCAAAGAAGUUAUUCAAGCAAUGGUGGGUACCCAUAUGCGGACUUGUACAGCCAAAGCAGGCAAUCGGAGUAUAAUAACAAUAUGGACAGUAAUAAUAAUAACUAUCAUCAAGUAAUCGGCUUUCAACCAGAACCGUAUUCGUCUUACAAAGGCCAACAGCAGAGGGGAACGUACGAACACCGUUCUCUGCAGACAGAGGGCUGUUAUCAGCCUGGUAAUCAACAACAAGAAAGGAACGGCUAUUUGCCCUAUUACGGCAAGCAAUACGAAGGAUCUAACAACCUCCAUUCGCAGAAUUCUACUCAGAUUUAUAGCAAUGGCUACGACUAUAAAUCAAGUGCAAACACCGUGAUAACUAAAACUAGCUUCUCUCCUGAUAACGGCGACUACAAGUAUUAUCCUCCUUGUGCCCUUCAACACUAUGAAACAGAUGCAGACAGCAACGAAGACGAAGAGAUUGUCGAGCCUAGAAACCCGUGUGCAUAUGCCAAGACCUACAUGGAUGGCAGUUACCGAUUAGAUGCAGAAAGAGCUCAGCAAGCACCUUGGGAAACACGUCAGAAAUCAAGACAUCGCAAACGAAUGACAUAUUCUCGAAAUCAAAUACUUGAAUUGGAAAAAGAAUUUCUGUACAGUAGAUAUUUGACAAAGGAGAGGAGGAAGGACCUCUCUGACACUUUACGACUUACUGAAAGACAAAUUAAAAUUUGGUUCCAGAACCGACGAACGAAAUCGAAAAAAGAAAGAAGAAUGCAACUCAAAGAUAGCCAGCCAGAUGCACAAUUAUAAUCGAACGCAGUACAACGUAGCCGGCGACGUAAGAAUCCUAUUGGCAUAUCUACACCAGAAACCCCGAUUUGGUCCAACUCUUUUGGCCACAUCGUUUGAUGUUCGAGGGCUCAGUUGACAACUCAUCUCAAAAGAUGAUUUCUUCUCUAAUGGAGAAGCUCGCCUGCUGACAUCUCAUGAACAAUGUUGAAACUUUUUCCAUAGUUCAUAUUUCUAAACCUUAGUAUUUUUGCUAGUGCUGUGGUUGGUCGAUAAGGGGCCACAUAUUUUUACCCUUAUAAAAAUUUUGAGUAUACUUAAAGUGGGGUCCUGAAGGGAGAUUCUAAGUUUAUUACUUAAUACUUGGCAUUUUUUGUAAAAAGUGUGGGGGCUAAAGCCCCCCCAGCCCCCCUUGCUCCGCGGUGUCUGAGUUAUCCCAGUCUAUGAAAGAUUUUCCCAGUCACAUUUGCUUAAGCCACAAGAGCCAAACCAAUCCACUCUUGUUUAUCGGUUCCAUCUUAACAGCACAAUCUUGAAAGAACUUCCAAAAUGUUGACCAUAGCCAUUUGCAUUCUAAAAACAAUUAACUGGGAGUUUGUCGAAUAUCAUUUUUUCGUGAAAGUUGGCAUUUUAGAGCUUCAGGUUAGCGUGGACUCUGACCUGCAAUAAAACCUAUACUAUAAAAAGAAGUCCGUGGGGAUUUAUUUGAAAAGUGAGUGGAUGCAAUUGCCACUUUAAUGUAGCCCCCGAAGUACUAGUGUAUAUAUCUCGAGAGGCGUAAAUUUUGCGUGAACCUCCGCCAUUGUGACAUAAAGUUGAUAACCCAUUAUUUAGGAAAUUCAACAUCGUUGUGCCAUGGAUUGGUAGUGAACACACUCUUUCGUUCCUUCCUCUACCUUGGCAUAGCUUUUAGGCGCAAAGCUGGUAAGUUUCUAGAUUUUAUAAGCUAACAAUUUUCCAUUAAACUGGCAUAUGUGGUAGCAAUUUGCCAUAAAUUCUAUUUAACCCUGUGCCUGUACUUUGCCUGUGCCCGCCAUUAAUAGCUGAUCCGAAUGCGAGGAAUCCCUCCAUGAAAACUGGAAACACCCAUGCUAAAAAAGAGUAUGGUAACGACAUGAAAUACAGGGAUAAAGGCUUUGUCGGCUAGAAUAUCUUAAGAUGAAAGAUAAAACCAUGAAAUCGAAAGCAUGCUCACAUGUCUUCUUGUUAGAAGGCUGUCAUUCUAGUAUUGUUUUAUUGCGUGAGCAUUCCAAAAACAAUUGCGUUUUCCUUAUCGCUUUACAUUCCUGAACUUUUCGGCGUCAAAUUUAGUCGGCAAACAUGGGUCACGAAGACAGGCAAUUUCGCUGUAGUACAUGUUAAACCAAGUAAAUUUGUAACUCAUAUUGACGCAGUAUUCAAACGGAUUCCGAAUUACCUCUCAAUGAAUUGUUAUUCUUUUACUUUUUACCAUACAUCAAUGAAUGACUGGUGUAAUAACUGAAAAA